AACCCUUAAAUAAAAUCCCUGUCUUUUGUAGGAGAAGACGGACAUAGAAGGUACCUUAUUUGUGUACAAAAGGUCAGCCUCUCCUUAUCAUGGUUUCACAAUAGUGAAUCGACUUAACAUGCACAACCUGGUUGAACCGGUAAAUAAAGACUUGGAGUUCCAGCUGCAUGAACCUUUUCUUCUCUACAGAAAUGCUAGCUUGUCAAUUUACAGUAUCUGGUUUUAUGACAAGAAUGACUGCCAUCGAAUAGCAAAACUCAUGGCUAAAGUGGUGGAACAAGAAGCUCAGAGAUCUCAGCAAGUUUGCCAAGACAGGAAAAGUCCCAGCAGACCCAAUGGCUGCAGUGAAAGUAGGCCCAUUGACAUCCUGGAAAUGCUCAGUAAAGCCAAGGAUGAAUAUGAACGAAAUCAGAUUAAUGACUUGAGUAUCGUAUCGAGUUCUGGAAUGCAGCAGAACACCAGUCCCUCGAAACCAGAAAGCACAGAGACUUCAGAACAAGCAACUGCAUUACAAGUGCAAGAUCAGUGCCCUCCAGUGGAGACGUGCUCAGUCUCCACUGGAGGUCACCCUGUCUGUCACUGGAGGUCUCCACUGGGUCACCCUGAGAGGCAAAGCGGCAGCCGCGGGCGCCAGCAUGCGCUGCGCACGCAGAAAAUCUCCGUGCCUGGGCGGGGAGAGGCCCCGGGGAAGCCAGUGCUGCCUCGCGCAGUUCUAAACAA